UCGUGGUGUACAGACACUGAGUCCAAGACAAGCGCCAUCAUUGACCAUCUGACAUCAGGACAACACCCAACACAACGAGAAAUGACAGGUCUGUUGUUGAUUCUUCUGCCAGCCAUGGCGGCGCCUUUGUUUCUGGGAGGUGGAGUUGCUUACACUUAUCUAAGACUUACUGAUGAGCCAGUGGUCUUUGCUGUUCAGGCAAUUAAUGAGCAGUUCAAAGCAAAGGGGGACACAACUCCACGCCAACUUGCGGAGAUCGUCGACGCCAACGAACAGGUUGUUGCGGGAGAAAAAUUUUACCUCACUCUUCGGCUGACUGGAGAUGAGCAGGACGACUACUGUAAAGUUGAAGUGUGGUUCAGCGAGUGGCUCACCGGCGCCGACCGCCUCGUCAUCGUCGACGGCCCCUCGUGCUCCAAGUCUCUCAGCAGACGACAGCUUGACGGCGGCAUCAGCGACCCCAUCGUCCUGGGGACCAGUCCCGACAGGGAGGUGACCGCAGCCCUCAACUUCGCUGUCUGCGCCUUCAACGACCGAUGCAACUGUGCGUCCCUGUCGGUGCUGGGCGACACGUCACGUGUGACGUACACACAACAGGUGACUUCUGGGACGACCUACCGCUUUUACAAGGUGCCUCUCCUGACGUCAUCAUGUACAAAGCAAGCCAACAGUUGCAGAGACACCGACCUCUCGACCUGUGCGGUUUCUUCUGACGCCACGACCACAACUUGUGAUUUGACUGUCCAGUACCAGCCAUGGCGGACUCUUGCUUACACCUUACCGACGAUGACCUGCCACUAGAUGGCUGGCAUCUUGGAGACCAGAAGUCCAUUAGGUCUUGUCAAGACUGUAGUUAAGGCAAAGUGGAAUCAAGUGAAGUCAACAAGAAGACCCUACAACUUUUAACAGCUUUCUUCAUCUUAAGGUCAAGAUUAACUGGACCAGAGUUGUGGCCGAGGAUAAACCCUGAAAAACCUGAUCUUUUGAUGUUGUUAACAGUCCUGCUGUAGUCUUCAGCUUUGUAUUGUGAGGAAGCUUUGAUCCUCAAUCCUCUUGUUAUCACCUUAUGAAUAAAGAAACAGAGAAAACAGUA